GAGCACUUCUGGAGCUUGGACAAGACAGAAAACAAGAUUCCACCACAGCUUAUCUUCCAGAUCUGGGACAAUGACAAGUUCUCUUUUGAUGACUAUUUGGGCUCCAUUCAGAUGGAUCUCAACAGAAUGCCCAAACCUGCCAAGACUGCUGAGAAGUGCUCCUUAGAGCUAGUGGAUGAGACCUUGUCUUCAAGUCGCUUUGUGUCACUCUUUGAGCAGAAAACUGUCAAGGGAUGGUGGCCCUGUGUUGCUGAUCAGGACCAAAAGAAGAUCCUGGCGGGCAAAUUGGAAAUGACUUUGGAAAUUGUGGCAGAACAAGAGCAUGAAGAGCGGCCAGCUGGCAUGGGUCGGGAUGAGCCGAAUAUGAACCCUAAGCUGGAGGACCCCAAGCGCCCGGAGACCUCCUUCCUGUGGUUCACCUCCCCGUACAAGACCCUGAAGUACAUCUUGUGGCGGCGGUACAAGUGGGUGGUUAUCCUGGCCAUCGUGCUCUUCAUUGUGCUGCUCUUCCUGGGGAUCUUCGUCUACGCCUUCCCG